GUGAAGCUCUACAAGAACGCCCGGGAGCGGGAGAAGUACGACAACAUGGCCGAGCUCUUCGCCGUGGUCAAGACGCUGCAGGCCCUGGAGAAGGCCUACAUCAAGGACUGCGUCACCCCCAACGAGUACACGGCCGCCUGCUCGCGCCUCCUGGUGCAGUUCAAAGCUGCCCUCAAGCAGGUGCAAGGGAACGAGAUCAGCUCCAUCGAUGACUUCUGCCGCAAGUUCCGGCUCGACUGCCCAUUGGCCAUGGAGCGCAUCAAGGAGGACCGGCCAAUCACCAUCAAGGAUGACAAGGGCAACCUCAACCGCUGCAUCGCCGACAUCGUCUCCCUCUUCAUCACCGUGAUGGACAAGCUCCGCCUGGAGAUCCGAGCCAUGGACGAGAUCCAGCCGGACCUGCGGGAACUGAUGGAGACCAUGAACCGCAUGAGCCACCUGCCCCCCGACUUCGAGGGCAGGCAGAAAGUGAACCAAUGGCUCCAGACGCUCAGCGGGAUGUCAGCCUCGGAUGAGCUGGAUGAUUCCCAGGUCCGGCAGAUGCUCUUUGACCUGGAAUCGGCCUACAACGCCUUCAACCGCUUCCUGCACUCCUGAGCCCAAUCCCGGAUCCAUCCAGGAU